CUGCUUUUUCCGACCGCGUGGACCAUAAACAUUGAACUUCAACUUGGUUUCAAGGCAUUUUGAGGUUUCUUCCAACCCUGGCAGUCAAAAUGCUGGACUGGAUCAAGGGGAACGAGCAAAGCGCACAGGCUACAGAUGACUCCAAGCUGCUAGAACCCCCUGAGACCCCAGGCCAUGUCUUUGCGAUUCGUGCGUUCAAGAGUGCUCUGUUUGGCACCCCUGGAGCCGAGGAAGAUGAAAACAACGCGUCCCAGAAACAGUCCGGUCACCAACGAAGCAAGAGUGACACGAUAAAACUAGCGCCAACAGAGAUCAAGACCGACGCGAAACCAGACGACGCGACUUACAACCCCACGGGAUCCCCCACGAAAAGCAUACUUGUUACACCCGGAACCGCGUUGCGUCGUAAGACGGUAUCCUUUGGCGAAAGUGUCAUCGACAAUGAGGGGAAACGCCCUGGCUCGGCCAGUAAGCCAGCCAAGACUCCACCAAAUCCUUCCGGAACCCUCAGUACCCAGUGGAUGUCCGGAUCAUCAGAUGGAAGUGGCAAGCCGAGGAGCAAACUCACCCAGACACUCAUGAAUGCGCGCGAUAACGCAUCCAAGAACUCUGAUCCGGCCAAGUCUGAUGAGAGCACAGGAGAAGCGAAAUCCGCCAUAGUCUCUGGGUCGAAGGAUACCCUCGACAAUGAAGAUAUCACUAUCAAUCUGGAGGACCCCCACUCAGAGUCAGGCAAGUACUGGAAAACCGAAUUCGACAAUUACCGCGUGAGGACCAAUCGAGAGAUCAAGAAAUUGAUCCACUACCGCUCGAUUGCCAAAUCCUACGCUCGCAAGAAGGAUACAGAAGCUAUGCGGCUGGCCGAUAAGCUGAAGGAAGAAGAAGAAAAGGUCGCCGAGAUGGAAAGGCAGGUGUCACGGCUUGCUUCUUCGAUGGUCGGGGAGGCAUCGACAGGCGAUAAAGAGCACCUGGUUCAGGGUUUAACCAAACAAACCGCUCUUGCAUUACAAUACAAACAGCAAGUUACCUCGCUGCGCAACGCCUUGGAACGGCAUGAUGUCGUAAGCGAUGCGGCAAAUCUCACACAAAAGAAAAGGGAAGAAUUGCCUUCAACCGCCCCAACGGACGAGCUUCGCAAAACACAGCAAGAAUUGGAACAAGCCAAUGCCAAGAUCGAGGAGAUGAAAAACCAGCAGUCCAAACUGAGCACACUACAGGACCUCGCGCAGAGCUCAGAAAAGAAAGCCCAAGCACUCGAGAAAGAGAACAACACUUUGAAACAAACUCUGGCCCGAGUGAAGCAGGAAAUGUCCCGAUAUGAAGGCCGGCGAAAGGACAAGGAAACAAGACUGAAGCAGAGAGAGACCAGACUGGAGCAGCGGAUCCAAGAAUACAGAGAAAAGCUCAAAACGGUCUCCCAAGAGCACCGUGCCUCGGAGGAGAAUUUGAGAAAUUCUUCCGAUGCAGAGCGCCGCCACAUGCAGAAACAGAUCGACCUUUUGAAGCUGCGACUUGGUUCUACUGAACGCUUCCCGGCGCUACCUUCCACAGAGCGGCAAUUCCAAAGUCCUCGCAAAGACCACACGGGCGUGCAGGUAUUUGACUUUGCCGGCCAGGAUUUUACCGGUGAGGACCUUGAGAAACCUGAAGAAGAACCCACAGAAGAUAUAGAGCUUCCUCCAAGCCCGAGUCCACGCUCCAAAGUACGCGAUUCGCGACCUGCUUUGCGCAGUGCCACUUUGGGUACACUUGGUACGAGGCCGAAUGCCCGAGAUAUAGCCGCAGAUGACGACGAGGUCACCCAUUAUCUGAACGAAAUUCUACUGAAGCCCCGGCACGAAUCCCAUAAUGCUAUGUUGGAUGAAGUCCCUCCGUCAUCGCCUCCAGAUAUUUCAGCCCUGAAGUCGCUGAAUCGCACGUUCUCAAGACGCCGACUCGGUGAGGGCCAGCGGUCAUAUCGGAAUCUGAACCUCCCUGCUGAGGACGACACUCGGCUCAGCAACCGACAGACACAACGUGAACGUACUCACAUCAAAUCUACCCUUGAUUCAAUGUCAGGUCUCCCAUCUCGCGGCCGGUAUUCAGGAUACACCGUUUCAGCGGGUGAACGCGUGGGCAAGCGGUACGGGUUGACUGAUUUUCAACGUGAAGCUCUCUCUCCUGAACGAAUUGCCGCUGCCAAGUCACGGCUCAGGCAGAAGGACAGUCGAAAGAUCAAAGCAUUUGGAAAGGAGAAUAUUUGACGUCUUUCGUCACGUUAAUUGUUUGGAUUUGCUUUCUGAUUUGGAAAUAAGGAGUGGUUUUUAAGAGCAUUAUGGGAUGGUGUUCAGGUUCAUAAGCGUUACUCUUUUUCAUCCCCUUCUUGCUAUCUACGUUUUCA